UCCUCCUGUUGGACAACCGAGUCAACAGCAGAAGUCAGAAAGUCAAAUUUCUGUAAGGGGGGUCUUCUGGCUCAAAUGUGGACUUUUCCGCCGUUUCUGCUCCCUGUUCCCACCAUCCAGAGCUGGGGGGUGUAAUUAAGACCGAGUUAUAGUCCGCUGAUUUCUAGUUAAAGUUUUUAUGUGACUUAAAGGAGGUUAAUUGGACUUGCGGACUUGUUGGCUCCUCUCUCCGGUUGUUUUGCGCUGCGUAAAAACGCAGCUCGUCUACGCGUCUUAAUCCGCCAGCAUGACCGCAGCGCAUCUUUGGUUUUAAAACUGUCAUGCGGGCAACAUUACGGGGGUGACAUCCCCUGCUGUGGCGACCCUCGGUGAAUGCGCUUCCUGCGUCCUUCCUGUGGAAUGGCCGGAGUCCAGGUGUCUGCAGCAGCGGGGAACCGAUGCGGCCGCCCGGAGGAGCCAGCCGGGAAGUGACGGAGCGCAUCAGACUGGGAUGCAAGAGAGAGCCUGACCACAGAGGGACAAUCUCCAGCUUCUUUUACCUGGACUCUGUACGGGCCCCCAGGAGCCAUGGCCUCUCAGAUGGUGUGCGGGCUCAUCUUCAGGCUGCUGCUGCCUACUUGUCUCGCAGCUGCUUGUCUGUUCAGGUACAAUGUCCUGUCCUUUGUCUACCUCAUCUAUCUCCUGCUUCUUCCGCUCUUUCCAGAGCCGACAAGCACAACAAUGCAAGGCCAAACAGGUCAUCUGCUGCAGUCCCUCUGCUUCACCAGUAUGUCCUUCCUGCUGCUGCACAUCAUCUAUCAGAUUACCAUCAACAGCCUCCUGGCUGGGAACUCCAUCUCCUCUGACUUCAACUGUUCUUCAUGGGAGAGAUCCAUACGACAGAUUGGCUUUGAAAGUGUUAUUGGCGCAGAUGCAGGGAACGGCAUCCGAGUGUUUAUCCCUGACAUCGGCAUGUUCAUGGUCGGCCUGGCCAUCUGGCUGCUGUGUCGCAGUCUGGUCCAGAAGAGGCCGCCUGAGGAAAUGGGCCAGUACAACGCAGACUUCGAUGCAGAGGAACAAGAGGACGAGGAGAAGCCGAGUCCAUAUGAUGACGAUGUCCUGCUGGAGGACGACCUGGAGGCAGGUUAUGAGGCAGGGGAGGAUGAGGAGAACGAGGAGCUUUUUGAUGAAGAUGAGGAGGAUGAAGAGGAGGAGGAGGAGGAAGAGGCAAAAGAAAGUACUAAGAUGAAGAUCCUGCGAAUGGUGGCAGAAGUGGCUUCAAAAGUGAAGGAGAUCAUUGGGAAUCUGAUCACCACUGCAGGGAAAGUGGUGGUCACCAUCCUGCUGGGCAUGACAGGGAUCAUGCUUCCCUCGCUGACUUCUUUUGUUUACUUCUCCAUCUUCCUGUUCCUGUGCACCUGGUGGUCUCUCUGCCGGACCUUUAACACCCUCAUAUUCAGCUGCAUGUGUGUCCUGAUGGCCAUCUUCAGUGCCGGACAUCUUGUGGUGCUUUACCUUUACCAGUUCCAGUUUUUCCAAGAGUCCAUCUCACCAAACGACACAUACGUCAGGGUCUUUGGUAUCGCCCCCAUUGUCCAGACCAACUGUUCCUGCACGUGGAAGCUCACGGUGCACCCGGAUCGUAAGUGGUACCACUUUGUCAAUCCCAUCAUGCUGCUAAUCCUCUAUUACACCCUGGCCACACUCAUCCGCCUUUGGCUGCAGGAGCCCAUCGACCAACUCAUGGAUGAUAAGGAUGAAGAUAUGUAUGAGGAAGAGGAGCAGACUGGAAACGGACUGAAUAACUUUGCCAACAGGAAGAGGCAGCUGUGGUGGGAAUCUCGCCAAGGCACGGACGAGAAAAAUCUUCUCUCAACCCAGGAUGGAAUCAGUACAACUGAGGUUGUACCCACCUCAAAUGGAACCUCUUUUGACUUUGUUACUAAUGGACCGCUUGCUUUGGACUUGUACUCGACACCCCAAUAUAAACUGGACAAGCUCACUGACUGUACAGAGAAGAAAGAGGAGUCUGUGUAUGAAGUGAGCUUACCCCCAGAAGAUUCGGCACUGAAAGAGUCAGAGGAUGAGGAGAAUGACAUUAAGAAAAAAGGAGUCGGAGCAAUGGUUAAAUUCUUCCAUUUCAUCAUGAAACAGAGCUACAUAUGUGCUCUAAUAGCCAUGAUGGCGUGGAGCAUCACAUAUGUCAGCUGGCUGACUUUCGUCUUCCUCAUGUGGUCCUGUGUGCUGUGGAUGGUGAGGGACCGGAGACGUUACGCCAUGCUGUCGUCUCCUUUCAUGGUGGCCUACGGCAAUCUGGUGAUAGUGCUGCAGUAUAUUUGGAGUUUCGAGAAUAUGCAACCAGUCGCAGGAUUCUUUGUUACGAAGAAAAACCCCUUCCACUCCCUUUCAUCCAAGAUGAUGUGUCUGGUGACAUUCUGGUUGCUGCUGAGACAAACACUAACCGAGAGACAGGAAAAACAAAAAGAAGAGAACACAGGUCUCUUGGAUGUCUUGGUGGACAGUCAGAAGAAGGAGGAGGAAAAAGACAAAGAGGAGGGAGGGGAGCAGGACCUCCUGCAUGUUCUUGGCAGCUUGGUGAUGGGUGUUCUCGUCAAAUACUGGAUCUACAUCUGUGGUGGGAUGUUUUUCAUCGUCAGCUUUGAAGGGACAAUCGUCAUGUACAAGAUCAUCUACAUGAUGAUGUUACUCUCCUGUGUGGCUCUGUACCAGGUGCACUAUGAGUGGUGGAGAAGGAUCCUAAAGUACUUUUGGAUGACUGUAGUGAUGUACACCAUGCUGGUCCUUACCAUUAUCUACACCUUCCAGUUUGACGGUUCUAAAGAAUUCUGGGAAUCAGCACUGGGUAUGAAAGAUGAGGACAAGUUAAAGGACUUGGGUCUGGAGCGGUUUUCAGUGUCCAUGCUCUUCACCAGGAUCUUCAUUCCCACCUCCUUCCUCUUAGCGUGUAUUCUCCACCUGCACUACUUCCACCAACCCUUCCUCCAGCUCACUGAUCUCCAGGCCGUGAUCGCCAAAGAAGAAAGCACCAUCUACAGACUGGCAGAGCCUGCUGCAAGCCUGGAGGACCUCACCAUGCUCAGUGCCAGCUCGAUUGAGGCUACGCUGCCCAAAGAGAAGGAGGAGAAGGAGGAGGAGCAGCAGAGCUGGGGCUCAGGGAACGAGACGGAGCAGGCCCUUGUUGUUGUGACGGACACUGUCGACAGCAUGAGUGACGAGAAGCCCAAAAGCUUCUCCGACCAACGCCAGUCCAGCACAGAGGACAGUCAGCGCUGCAGCGCUGCAACAGAGCCAGAGCCGAGCACAGAGGAGAGCUCAGAUUUUAAGAAUAAGUGGCACCUGGUGGUCGACCGCCUCACCGUGCUCUUCCUCAAGUUCCUGGAGUACUUCCACAAACUGCAGCUCUUCAUAUGGUGGCUACUGGAGAUCCACAUCAUCAAGAUCGUAUCUUGUUACAUUGUUAUGGUCUGCAUCAACGAGGUGUCUUUGCUCAAUGUUGUGUUCCUGGCAUCGUGGGCCUUUGCACUGCCCUACAGCCAGUAUCAACCCCUUGCUUCCAGUGUUUGCACUGUCUGGACGUGUGUCAUCAUUGUGUGUAAAAUGCUGUACCAACUGAAGACGAUAGUGCCCCAACAAUACAAUUGCACAGUUCCAGAUACCUACACAAAGCCUCAGAGGGAACAGCUAGAGAAAUAUCCACUGUAUCAGAAGGCAUCUGAUUGGAAUGGCAACUGGGUGGGCCUGGAGAAGACUCAAAUUGACCUGCUGCAAUACCUCAGGGAGAACCUGUUGAUGUUGGCGCUGUUGGCGUUUGAGGUGACCAUUUAUCGUCAUCAGCAGUACUUCAGAUUAAGGAACAAACUGUCGCCUCCGGCGGCCAGGAUCAUCUUCCAUGACAUCACUCGCCAGCAUCUUGACAUUGGCAUCGUCAGCUUUGUGAAAUACUUCAUCAACUACUUCUUCUACAAGUUUGGACUUGAAACAUGUCUCCUGCUGGUUGUAAACAUCAUUGGCCAGCGUAUGGACUUCUAUGCCAUGCUCCAUGCCUUUGCCCUUAUAGCAGUCAUGUACAGACGUCGAAGAAAGGCCAUCGCUGAAAUCUGGUCAAAGUACUGCUUCUUCCUUGCAAGCAUGCUUACUUUCCAAUACUUUGUCUGCAUCGGGAUCCCGCCUAAUGACUGUAAAGAAUAUCCCUGGAGGUUUCCGAACUCUACAACAGACCCAAAUGUGAUAAAGUGGCUCUAUAUUCCAGAUUUCCAUACCAAGCCCAAUCCACAUUUCCUUGCCUACGACUUUGCUUUGCUGCUCUGCGCCUCUCUCCAGAGGCAGGUCUUUGAUGAUGAAAACAAGGCAGCUGUCCGCAUCAUGGCCGGUGACAAUGUGGAGAUCUGCAGAGACCUGGACGCCGCCUCCUUUAGUGUCCAUAACCCCGUCCCAGACUUCAUCCACUGCAGGUCGUACCUCGACAUGCUGAAGGUCAUCAUGUUUAGCUACCUAUUCUGGUUCGUCCUCACCAUUAUAUUCAUUACGGGGACUACCCGGAUCAGUGUCUUUUGUAUGGGUUACCUGGUGGCCUGCUUCUACUUCCUGCUUUUUGGUGGUGACCUGUUGCUAAAGCCAAUCAAGAAGAUCCUCCACUACUGGGACUUCCUGAUCGCCUACAACAUCUUUGUAAUCACAAUGAAGAACAUUUUGUCAAUCCUGGCUUGUGGCUACAUCAACUCCCUGAUCCGGAACCAAUGCUGGUUAAUCCAGUUGUUUAGUCUGGCAUGCACCAUCAAAGGUUAUGAAAUAAACUCAGAAGAAUAUAAAGAUGCCAUCAAAGACUGUGAGCUGCCCAAAGAUGAGGCAGGCAUAAUAUGGGACAGUAUCUGCUUCGCCUUCCUGUUGCUGCAGAGACGUGUCUUCAUGAGCUACUAUUUUCUCCACGUGGUGGCAGAUAUCAGAUCAUCUCAGAUCCUCGCAUCCAGAGGAGCAGAGCUUUUCCAGGCCACUAUAGUGAAGGCAGUGAAAGCCAGACUGGAGGAGGAGAGCAAAUCUGUAGAACAGCUAAAGCGACAGAUGGACCGCAUUAAGGUGAGGCAGCAAAAGUUUAAGAGGGGCAAGGAGAAGAUGCUCUGCCUGGCCCAGGAGUCCGCCGACGGACAGACGCACGUCCGGCCUGAGGAGGAAGAUGAUGAUGAUGGAGCACAGCGAGCGAAAGCCAAGACCAAAAAAAAGCAGUGGUGGAGGCCGUGGGUUGACCAUGCUUCCAUGGUUAGAAGUGGAGAUUAUUACCUGUUUGAAACUGAUAGUGAGGAAGAAGAGGAGGAGGAGGAGAAAAAAGAUGAAGACCCACCAAAGAAGUCGGCUUUUCAGCGAGCGAUUGGGAAGUUUGUCUCAGCUGUUCUGGCUUUGCCUAAGUCUAUCAUUAGGCUGCCUAAAACUGUGUUGCAGUAUGUAGUCAAGGCAGGAAAGUUUCUUUACCAGGCCUGGAUCACUGACCCCAAAGCUGCUCUAAAGGCACGAGCCAAAGACAAACGCAAGUUUUGGAAGAAGUACACAAAGAGAGUGAGAAACAGGAAAAGCAAGAAAGAUACAGGUCAUGUUGCCAUAGAGGUGGGGGAGCUAUCAUCAGAUGGACAGGAAAAGGAAGAGGAGAACAAGAAGUCUGCUGGUCCAGACAACAUCAUCAAGCGAGUGUUCAACAUCAUAAAGUUCACCUGGGUGCUCUUCCAGACAACGGUUGAGAGCUUCACCAACUGGAUGAACGACAUGUGCCGGGAGUACAUUGACAUAUCUACGGUGCUUCGUAUUGAGCGAUGCAUGCUGACACGCGAGGUCAAAAAGGGAAAUGUGCCAUCCAGAGAGAGCAUCCAUGUCUACUACCAGAAGGCCAUGAGACUGAACAUCUCCAGGCAGGCAAGCAUUGAUAUGCUCAGUGAUGACGGGUCAGCCUCAGGCUCCACAAAAGGUCGAAGGAGACGAAGAGGGUACCCCUUGGAGAGCCAGGACUCCACAGCCUCCAGAGACAGCAUGUCAAGUGGCUUCACGGAGGCCACCACGCUGAUGUCCUGCCAGUCCACUCUGGAAGACAUUGACCCAAAGCCGGAGACCAUUCCCAAAACCAGUCAGCGUCCCAGGUCCAGCCUACGGAAGAUGUACAGCAUGGACCUGCCCAAUUACUCUGAAGACAGCUGCAGCAGCUUCAUGUCCAGUGAAACCACUCAGUCCGUCCUGAUCUCCUCCAGACAAGGAACCACAGACACCAUUGAGGAAGUGGAGGACGAGCAGGAUCAAGGAGAAGUCAAGCGGCAGCAGGAUUCCCAACAGCAUCAGGAGGAUCAGGAAGCAGGGGGCGAACCAAAGGGCAGAGAGGAGGAACCAAAGGGCAGAGAGGAGGAACCAAAGGGCGGAGAGGAGGAACCAAAGGGCGACGGAGCGGAAGAACCCAAGGACGGAGCGGAGGAACCAAAGGACGGAGCGGAGGAACCAAAGGACGGAGCGGAGGAACCAAAGGACGGUGAGGAGGAACCAAAGGACAGGAGAAGUUUUGAAGACGACGAGGAUGAGCACCGGGAAGGUGAGGAGGUUGGAGGAUGGGAGGUACGAGAAGACCAGGAAAGAGAAAGAGCUCCCUCCGAGGCCUUCAGCCCAGAUGAAGGGCCCUCGAUGAGGCACGAUGAAGCAGAAUACAGUCCCUCUGUUCAGGAGAACGACUCAAUCAGCGGGAGCGAAGGCGGAGGAGGACGGCAGGACUUCGUGCAGACAGAAGGUCAGUCCGUCUUGCUCUACACCCCCGACACAGACGCCUCCAAAACGUCAGAUGCUGAAGUGCCUCCCAGCUACAGUAAGGCGGUGAGCUUUGACCGCCUGGAGGUCAGCGACGAUGAAAGUGAUUCUUACAGGAGGAGGCGCAUGGUCAUGACAUCUGACAGCCAUUCAGACAGCAGGUCAGACAUCAUGCUGCCCUCUAUGACCACUGAGCUGACUGCCAGCGAACUGCUGCUCAACAAGAUGUUCUAUGAUGAGGAGCUGGAAGAGUCAGACCAUUUCUACCAAUCUCAGCCGCUGAUCCUGCAGUUCUGCUACGCCCUCUACAACAUGCUGGUCGCCCACUCAGAGUUUGUUUGCUACUUGGUCAUCAUCAUCAACCACAUGGUGUCAGCCUCCUUCGUCACCCUGGUCCUUCCCAUCACCAUCUUCCUCUGGGCCAUGCUGUCGGUGCCGCGGCCCAGUAAGCGCUACUGGAUGACGGCCAUCAUCUACACAGAGGUUACCAUCGUCAUCAAGUACUUCUUCCAGUUUGGCUUCUUCCCCUUCAACCAGAACAAGCUAGACAGGAAUAAACCAUAUCACCCUCCCAACAUCAUUGGUGUAGAGAAAAAAGAUGGAUACGUCCACUAUGAUCUGGUCCAGUUGCUGGCUCUGUUCUUCCAUAGGUCCAUCCUAAAGUGUCAUGGUCUGUGGGACGAAGACCAGCCCAAAGAGAAGAAGGAGGCGGCUCGUCAGAGCCAGAGCGAAUCUGAGGAAGAGGGGAGAGAGAAGGAGGAAAGCGAGAAGGAGUCUGAGCCGGCCUCAUCGCUGAUCGACACCAGGAGAGGCUCCAGUCACACCUUAAGGUCCAUGACCUUUGGGACCUCCAUUGAUUCAGAGCAGGUCCAGGUGCAUUACUCACAGCCUCAGACCUACCAGAGGAGAAAAAGCUCCAGUGGAGGCUCACAUGUUUCCUAUCGAUCUCGAGUUUCUUCUGCAAGAUCGAAGAGAGGAAGUACGGCUUCCCGCAACAGCAGCCACAAGGACGGCAGUCAGGCCAGUGUCCACCAGAAGACCCGCAAACAGAUGAUCAUGGAGAAGCUGAGGGAGCAGCUCUUUAAAGCCAAGGCUUUCAUCAUAAAGCGGUUUUUGGAGAUCUACCUACCUAUUAAGCAGUUCUUCUACAACCUGAUCCACCCGGAGUACAGCGCCGUCACAGACGUCUAUGUGUUGAUGUUCCUCGCUGACACUGUAGACUUCAUCAUCAUUGUGUUUGGGUUCUGGGCGUUUGGAAAACAUUCGAGUGCGGACAUUACUUCGUCUCUAUCAGAGGAUCAGGUUCCCGGACCCUUCUUGGUCAUGGUUCUGAUCCAGUUCGGCACCAUGGUGGUGGACCGGGCCCUCUACCUCAGGAAGACUGUGAUGGGGAAGGUCAUCUUCCAGGUCAUCUUGGUCUUUGGGAUCCACUUCUGGAUGUUCUUCAUCCUGCCAGGCGUCACUGAAAAACGUUUCAGCGAGAACACGGUGGCUCAGAUGUGGUAUUUCGUCAAGUGUAUCUACUUUGGGCUGUCAGCCUAUCAGAUCCGCUGCGGUUAUCCCACCCGUGUUCUGGGAAACUUCCUCACCAAGAGCUACAACUAUGUCAACCUCUUCUUGUUUCAAGGUUUCCGCCUGGUACCUUUCCUGACGGAGCUGCGAGCAGUGAUGGACUGGGUUUGGACCGACACCUCGCUGUCCUUGUCCAGCUGGAUCUGUGUUGAGGACAUAUAUGCUCACAUUUUCAUCCUCAAAUGUUGGAGAGAAUCUGAGAAGAGAUACCCUCAGCCUCGAGGCCAGAAGAAGAAGAAAGUGGUGAAAUACGGGAUGGGUGGAAUGAUUGUGGUGCUGCUCAUCUGUAUCGUCUGGUUCCCGCUUCUCUUCAUGUCGCUGGUCAAAUCUGUGGCUGGGGUCGUCAACACUCCCCUGGACGUUUCGGUGAAAAUCACCCUGGCUGGCUUUCAGCCCAUCUUCACCAUGAGUGCUCAACAGCAACAGCUCCACACUGCGAACGACACAGGAUUUACUGAAUUUCAGAGACUGAUAGCAAGAGACCAUGACUCCAAAUCUAAUAUGGCGUUAGAGUGGCUGGAGACCUAUAUUAAAGACGAUCUGGUCAUCGCGCAGCUCAAGGGCAGCUCCAACUCUCUGUGGACCAUCAGCCCACCCAGCAGACAAAACCUGAUAGACAUGUUGGGAGCAAAUGAUAAAGCUUUCCAAAUCACUGUCGCCUGGUCUGUGCAAAGGAACCUGAGUCUUGGUGCCAAAGCUGAGACAGCAUCUGGGAAAAACGUGUUAACUCUAGGAAACGACACAAGGCAUGAGCUCAUUACACUUCUCAAUGGGACAGAAGGCAACUUAAAAGUGACUAUCCCAAAGUUGAUUCCGCGCUACAUUCGAGCCCCCAGUGACUCAGAUGCCACUCCUGUCGAACAGCUUGGUGAUGACAACAUGUUUGACGUUUCCCUUAGUCUGAAGCGGGCCCAGGAAUCAUCUGAUCAGAUACAGGAAUGGUGGAUUGUGGACGAGCUUAAACCCGGACCUAUAAUGAUAGAGGGUGAAAAGCAGGAAGCAGGCCUGCACAUCUAUGUGUUUAGUGACCAAGUCAGCCCGCCUAGUCUGGGUUUUCUGGCAGGAUACGGAAUCAUGGGUCUGUACGCCUCCGUUGUUCUGGUCAUCGGCAAGUUUGUGCGCGAGUUCUUCAGUGGCAUCUCCCACACCAUCAUGUUCGAGGAGCUGCCCAACGUGGACCGCAUCCUCAAGCUGUGCACCGACAUCUUCCUGGUCCGAGAGACAGGGGAGCUGGACCUAGAAGAAGACAUGUAUGCCAAACUCAUCUUCCUCUACCGAUCGCCGGAGACAAUGAUCAAGUGGACACGGGAGAAAACUCAGUGAGACGGGAGGUUAACUAACGAGGAUGCUCCAGAGAUGUUCACGGGAUCUGUGUGAUCGCCGCUGAAGCGCAACGAGGAGCAAGGGGCUAGUUUGAGCUCAGACCGCAGUGAUGUAGCACUGGCUUCACACAGAAACAGAGAUUUGAACUAAUACUGGUACUUUUUACUUGUUAAAAACAGGGGACUGGCGCCACAAUGAAAAUCGAGCACAAAGUUGUUACUACUGCUCAGUAGGUCAUAAGGUUUUUGUAGAACGUGGCUGCAGCAUUACUGUUUUAAGGGCUUUCCACUGAUGAGCAUGUGCACAGUGAUAACCAGAGCACAAUCUGUGACACCGCCCACCCCCAACAAUUAGAAACUUUGGAUCUGGGUUUGGUGCAAAACUGAGCCCCCAUUUCUGCAAAGCUUUUUAAGGUUGGGAGCACACAGAAGACGCCAUUGGUGACCAAAAAACAUUAUUUUGCUUUUCAAGAGGCUCUGUGAAACCAAGAAAAGGGAAACUAUUCUGUGACUUUCUUGCCUUUUUGUUUGUUUGUAUGAGUAGAACUGAAAUUGUUCAGAAUCACACAUCUUUCUCAGGAAGAGCUGUUUUCACCAAUACUCGUCAUAUAUGUCGUAUAUGUAGGCUUUAACGGAUCUAAACGAAUGUGAGAUUGUAGAAAAGGUGAGAACUAUUUAAAUGGCAUGAAAAAUAUAAUUAGAUGGACUGAAGUCAAGUUUGUUUACUGCAUCCUGGAGCGGGGGGAGGGGGGUUGUCUAUGUAUUGAAACGACAUCAUUGCCAAUCAACCAUAUCCACUCAAUCUUAAUAAUCAUGACUCUUUCUCUCUCUCCAACACCCGUGGGCCUCGCUGUUUUUAACACAAACACACAGACAGCUGUGAGGGCUACAGUUGUGCAUCCAGAAGAAGAAACUUCCUCACAAAAAGGGCUGAGACACGAGCCCUUUGGCCCAAACUAUGCAUUAAAUAGCAUUUUAGCAUGAGUGAAUAACUUAAUUAUUGCCAUGAUCAUUUUCACAACUUGUACAUACAUGGGGGGGGUUAUGUUAUUUGAAGGGAUGGGUCACUGAGAAAUGAAAUGUGAAAUCCUAGCUGUAUAUUAAGACAAAUUGAUAAGAUGUGCAAAUAAAGAUGUCUUGAAAGG